AUGUUAGAGGAACAAAAGAUUGUGCAGGAAACCGUCGCGACCACCGUUGUUGAAGAGGAGCAGGCACCGGCUCUUCCCACCUCCGAGCCACCAAAGGACGACGUGGGUAAACCGGCUGAGCCUGAUGUCACCGAGGCACCGAAAACCGAUGAGAAACCAUCUGAAGAGGCUGGAAAAGAGGAGAAACCAUCUCAUCGUAUUUUCAAACGGCCUACGCUGAAAUGGGGUAAGAAACGCGACGAGCCAGCUGCUCAACGAGAACCUGAGCAGGCGAAGGAUAUUCGCGAGGACGCUCUGGGAUGGAUUGCGCAACAGAUUCCACCAGCUGUUCACAAGGUCAACUACUUCGUAUUGGACUGGGCUCAGAAAUUGGCUUAUGGUGAGUCAGAACGGCCACCUCUACCAGGCAAGGACGGUUCAGUGACUCGUAACCAGUUUUUGGCCUUCUUGCGUGAUGGGAAACUACUGACUGCCCUUGCAAAUAAACUGCAGCCUGGAGCAGUGAAAGUCGAACCUGAGAUAACCGCUGAAGCUGCUCCAGUAACAGAGUCUGCACCAACAGCAGAAACGGAGAAACCGGCCGAGGCACCCGCCGCCGAAGGCGAGCCUUCUAAGGAAGGAGAAGAGAAGAAGGAAGAGCCUGCCACGGAACCAGCAAAAACUGAGGAAAAGCCCGCAGCUCAGAAGACUCAAAAAGAGAAACAAGCCGAUCUUAUCAACCAAUUUGUUCUCUGGGCAAGAGAUAUACUUGGAUUCGAGGAAGGAAAGGGAAUGACCGCAGCAGAUCUAUUGGAAAAAGGAAAAUCUGGCUAUCCAGCCGUAUUUGACACGCUCUGGCAACUUGCCAUGAAAGCACAGGUGAAAUUCCAACAAGAAGGCAUUGAUGUCGACAGUGUGCUUAACGCAGCCAGCCAGGUUGUUCGCACUAACAUCAUCCAGUCGAUUCUGAACUUUUUCAAGCGUCGCCCAGCGCCUGUCGCUGAAAAGAAAGAUGAGCCCGCAGAGCCCGCUCCGGCUGAGGGUGGAGACGCAGCACCAAAUGCGCCUGAGGGGGAGCAAGUAGCUGAAGAGGAAUGCAAAAAGGUUGACGCAUUGACGUCAGCACCCGUUGCGGCUAAUUGA